AUGUCAGCGGAAGCAAAAAGCAUGGAUACGAUCGAAGUCCCGCAGAACAAGAUUGUGAAACAGGGAUCGUUUAAGAAGAACAUUGAGAAGCUGAAGAAAUGGAGCACCUCUUCAGGUGGAAGUUUUAAACGACCCCCGAAAAUGAAGACCCUCAGUCUGAACUCGCCCACCGACGAUGAUGACCAGGGCAAGGGAGCGCAAGAACGCAGAAAAUUCAGACCCAUAGUGGCGUCUGUUUUCGGUCAGGGCCUCGGGCCCCUGGAGACAGGUUCAGACCCUCUGGCAGCGGCGAUGCUCGGGUCCAUGCGACGCACAGACGACGAGGAUGACGGAUCGAACAGCGAGCGAGAGUUCGAUGAUCCGAUGUGCGCUCUGGUCCAGAACUGCACCGUGCUGCACAGCAUUGUGGGUCCAGCCUGCAUCUUCCUCCGACAGGGAUUUGCUCAGGCCCAGCUCGACAGAGAUCUGAGACCAGAAGAGAUUGAAGAGCUGAAAGAAGCCUUCAGGGAGUUUGAUAAGGAUAAGGAUGGUUUUAUCAGCUGUAAGGACCUGGGUGAGUGCAUGAGGACGAUGGGUUACAUGCCCACUGAGAUGGAGCUGAUCGAGCUGAGUCAGCAGAUCUGUGGGGGCCGAGUGGACUUCGAGGACUUUGUGGAAUUAAUGGGGCCUAAAAUGUUGGCAGAAACGGCAGAUAUGAUCGGAGUAAAGGAGCUAAGGGAUGCGUUCAGAGAGUUUGACUCUAACGGCGAUGGUCAGAUCAGCCUGGCCGAGUUACGAGAGGCCAUGAAGAAGCUGAUGGGCGAGCAGCUGAACCAAAGAGAAAUCGAUGAGAUUCUCAGGGACGUGGAUCUGAACGGAGACGGUCUAGUCGAUUUUGAAGAGUUUGUGCGGAUGAUGUCUCGCUAA